AUGGCAUUUCGCGGUGAAAGAUUUGUUGUCGAUCUAGAUUCUGAUGAUGAUCAGUCCUCAUCCGCGCCUCCCGCUUCCUCUAUAUCCCUUCCUGGUCUGAUCGGCGAAAUCCGUGAACGCUCGCCCGCUGCCCCUCCAGCUCCACCCAAACCUGCUGCAGCUGGGUUUCCUGCUCAUCGUCGUCGCGUGAAGCAGUCCGCUUUUAGACAACGUCGAGAAGACUCUUCCACUACGAACACUUCAAUUGCUAGUCAGAAUGACGAAAAAAGGAUAAUUGAUGAUGAGAACCGUCGGCAGUUAGCGACCAUGUCGCAUGAUCAGAUUCAACAAGAACGAGAGGAACUCAUGGCAUCCAUAGACCCCUCGCUGCUUGAACGGUUCCUUCGCAGAGCCCGUAUUGACUCCGAGGAAUCGAAGACUGACACUCGAUCGAAUCCACCUGUAUCCAUCAAACAUCAGGUGGACCCCGCCGAAGCAGCAGCCCCUCCUCCUGAGCCUGUUUCCGAAUCCAAGCCUUUAACCUCUCGAGACGAACAAACUCAUCGAGAUGACCUUCCCCCUCCGCAAAUGCCUGAUGAUCUCCGACCUGCCUUUGAAUCCCCUCUUCCCAGCUCCGUUCACUUCCCCACCCCGCCGUCACAGUUGAACCCCAUGCCUAACCUUGACCCGUCAUCCCCAUCGUUCUUGUCUGACCUUCAAGCCCACUACUUUCCCAACAUCACCCACGACCCGUCCGCUUUGUCUUGGCUUCAGCCGCCUUCCACAGAUUCGGAUGCACCAGACGCGACAUCAGCCUACCACCCUGCCAGCAAUGCAGAAGCUGUCCACCCCGCCGCGCUGCGCUUUUCCUUCCUCGGGACACUGCUUUCGCCCACCACAUCUCUUGCCCUCCCGACUGAUUUAGGCCUUCAUCAUCAUGGUAAAGACCCUCAUGCCGCUGGUUACACUAUACCCGAGUUAGCCAUCCUUAGCCGCUCCUCCUUUCCUGCUCAACGUUGUAUCGCCUGGCAGGUUCUGGGCCGUAUCCUCUUCCGUCUGGGGAAAGGUCAGUUUGGAGAACGCGGGAGUACACUGGUAGAGGGGCUGUGGUCUGUCAUUGAACGCGAGGGUGUGGUCGCUGGCAUGCUGGCCGAAGCCGAUGGCACGUCAAAUGGAGCAACUCGCUCAGAGAAGCAGGAACAGGAUUCGGCGAGGUCUAAGGGAGGCAUCGGUCAUCAUGCCAGUGCUACUGCGUGGGCUGUCGAAGGCGUAUGGCUUUGGCAGAUGGGCGGUGGUGGAGACCGAGGGGUUUUAAAAGAAGGGGCCGUUAGAUCUCAAUAA